AUGGAACUUUCGCUUUGGGACACCGCCGGCCAGGAGGAAUUUGACCGGUUGCGCGCGCUGUCAUACGAAGACACGCACGUGCUGAUGCUCUGCUUCAGUGUGAGUACCGGCCAUACGAGCCACACGGAGCGCCCAGACCUAACAAAACGGGUACAGGUCGACAGCCCCGACUCAUUCGAGAACGUCGGCUCAAAGUGGAUCGCGGAAAUCAAUGAAAACUGCCCCGGCGUGCGGGUUGUCCUCACGGCCCUCAAGUGCGAUUUGCGCAAAGACGACGAGGAGAACGAGAACCCGAAUGCCAUCUCUUUCGAACAGGGUCUGGCCAAGGCGAAGGAAAUUGGUGCCGUCAAGUACUUGGAAUGCUCGGCUGUGCAGAACCGCGGUAUUCGAGAAAGCUUCUAUGAAGCCGCCAAGGUUGCGCUGGAGGUCAAGCCUGCCGGGUCCAAUGGGUCCGGUUCAUCUUGCGUGAUCCUCUGA